AUGUGCGCGAGUAAUGACGAUUGUAUGAACAAUGGAAAGUGCGUGUUUUUCAGCGAUAGAUGGAUGUGCAGAUGCACUUUUGACUUUUCCGGGGAUUUCUGCCAGUUAAAUGCUUACGACCCUGGCUUCACAAAAAAUGAAGAAAUUCCCACCGCUGCCCAGCAGGAUAAAAUAAACGCUUAUAUUUUCUACCUUCUUGCUGGCCUUAUCGCGAUCAUAAUCCUGCUCCUCUACAAAAUAACCUCGCUAAGCCGAACUGUAACAACCCGAAACUUCACGAUCCGACAACUGAGCUACCGUGGCCCUUCCUCAACCUCUACUGUAUGA